GAGGCCUUGGGGUCAGGGAUGGUUCUUCAGCAGUUUAGCAGCCAGGCAGAGACCUGCCUCCCCGCCACCACCCCCUCCCCACCCCAGCUCCUGGACUGGAGAGUAGGAGGGGGUGCUGAGCUCUGCAGUUUGGAAUCUGACCUGGGAGCCCUGAAAUGCUGCCCAUGCUUCUUUACCAGACUACUUACUGCUGAGGCCGGAGAGGAGACUCAGGUCCCCUCCAGCCCGAGCUGCCCUGAAUAAUUUAUGAGGCCAGGCAAGCCUUAUAAAAGGGUCUCCCAGGAAAGGCCAAAAGAAUGCAGGAGGUUCUGAGAAAUAAGAGCCCCUAUGACCUGUCUGGCCUCGACCCCCUAAGGAUGGACCCUUCCAUUCCCUCGGCUGCUGCCCCUGGCCUAUUAAGUCCACCACUGCUUGUCUCCUCUGGACAACAAGUAGGUGGCAGUGACAGAGGAGUGUGUCUUUGGAGGCCCUGGCUGUCCUCUGCAAGGGACCUACCACAGUGGUGGGGGAAGAAAGGCGUCGAGGCGGCCACUGGUGGGGCGACAGGUGCCAAAGUCAUAAAGGCUGCCUCUGAGUUCCAUCACCCUGUCAGGCUCUUCUGGCCUAAAUCCCGCUCCUUUGACUACCUGUACAGUGAUGGGGAGAUUUUACUGCAGAACUUUCCUAUCCAGGCAACGAUCAACCUAUAUGAGGACUCAGAUGACGAAGAGGAAGAAGAAGAAGAAGAAAAGGAGAGAGAAGAAGAGAAGAAAUUGGAGACAGAUGAAAGGGGGCUGGGAGAGCAUGUGAGGGGACCAUGGUCAGCACCACCCAGGGCCAUAGCUCAUCCUCCUUCCCCACUCGUGACAGGCCCAAACUGAACCGGUCAGAGUCUGAUUGGGGUUCAGUAUGACUGGCAAGGCUCUAGAGCAGCAAUUAGCCAGGAAUCUCCAGAUAUAGCCCUCUAGACUGUAAGUUGGGUCCUUGAGUCACCAGCAUACCCUGGCCAUAUUCAGUUGGCCUGUGGGCCCAGGCCUCUGGCAUCUCAUUGUCUGUGUUUCUGUCAUGUUGACAGUGUAAGGGUCCAAGAAGCUCUAGGGGAAGACCUGCUUUCUGAAGUUCCCAGGGAGCAGAUCAAGACAGCGCAUCCCCAUGCAGAGAGAAACACCUACUCUUCAGGGGUCUUUGAAUUCCUGGCAUUCCAGCUGGCCCCAUAGUCUGUCUCCCCAUAGAAAGCCUGACUUCUGGCUUCACCUCCAGGGAUUCCAACCUCAGAUCCAAGCAAAGUUAGGACACCUCAUUGAUGGGCCUUGCAGGAGAGGAAGGGGGCAUCUAGAAAAUCUGCUUGCUUUGGGGACCUCCCUCCAUUUUGCCUGCUAUCCACUGGGGUCUGUAUGUUGGUAUGAAUUGAAUCAGGAGAAAAUAAACUAGACAAUGUGUG